AUGCAUGUUCAUGUGCGAGGGCGUGAGAGCGAGGCGAGUGAGUGCGCUACCCACCUCAAGACACUCCUCCGCUCUGGCUCCUCCCGUCCUUCCCCAUCCAGGUGCGCGACCAGCCACCAAGGUGCCAGUGCCGCUCCCUUCGAUCUCCUUAUACCUCGCUUCCCCCUUUACCCUUGUCUACUUCGCCUCAAACCUCUCCUCUCCCCUGUCUCUCUGCCUCCUCCCGUCCUUCCCCCUCCAGGUGCGCGACCAGCCACCAAGGUGCCAGUGCCGCUCCCUUCGAUCUCCUUAUACCUCGCUUCCCCCUUUACCCUUGUCUACUUCGCCUCAAACCUCUCCUCUCCCCUGUCUCUCUGCCUCCUCCCGUCCUUCCCCCUCCAGGCAUCAGCUAGUGAGCGCCCGAAGGAACUAACAGAGGGGGGGCGGUGCAUGGAGCGGUGCAUCCGAUGGGGCGCUCAGGCCGUGCUAGCUCUGGCAGCCGACCUGAAUGCGUGGGAUGGAACACCUGAAUUAACAGAGGAGGGGCGGUGCGUGGAGCGGUGCAUCCCACUGGGAGCUCAGGCCGUGCGUGCUUGCAUGAAAUGGAACACCUCUGUUCCCUGCCCCCCCAACCCCUACACCCCUCAUGCUCCCCAGGCAUCGGCGUGCGAGCGCCCGAAGGAAUUGACAGAGGAGGGGUGGUGCCUGGAGCGCUGCAUCCGAGGGGGCGCUCAGGCCGUGCUGGCUCUGGCGGCCGACUUGAAUGCAUGGGAUGCUAAGAUUGGCGAUGGGGACUGCGGCAGCACGGUGAGGAGUUGGGUGGGGGAGACUUGUAUGCGACCAUACCAGCAUAUAUUUAGGCAGAGGGUGGUGCUGGCGCUGGUGGCAGACCUGAAUGCAUGGGAUACCAAGAUUGGCGAUGGGGACUGCGGCAGCACGGUGAGAAGUUGGGUGGGGGAGAGUUGUAUGCGACCAUACCAGCAUAUAUUUAGGCAGAGGGGGGUGCUGGCGCUGGUGGCAGACCUGAAUGCAUGGGAUACCAAGAUUGGCGAUGGGGACUGCGGCAGCACGGUGAGAAGUUGGGUGGGGGAGAGUUGUAUGCGACCAUACCAGCAUAUAUUUAGGCAGAGGGGGGUGCUGGCGCUGGUGGCAGACCUGAAUGCAUGGGAUGCCAAGAUUGGCGAUGGGGACUGCGGCAGCACGGUGAGAAGUUGGGUGGGGGAGAGUUGUAUGCGACCAUACCAGCAUUUAUUUAGGCAGAGGGGGGUGCUGGCGCUGGUGGCAGACCUGAAUGCAUGGGAUACCAAGAUUGGCGAUGGGGACUGCGGCAGCACGGUGAGAAGUUGGGUGGGGGAGAGUUGUAUGCGACCAUACCAGCAUAUAUUUAGGCAGACGGGGGUGCUGGCGCUGGUGGCAGACCUGAAUGCAUGGGAUGCCAAGAUUGGCGAUGGGGACUGCGGCAGCACGGUGAGAAGUUGGGUGGGGGAGAGUUGUAUGCGACCAUACCAGCAUAUAUUUAGGCAGAGGGGGGUGCUGGCGCUGGUGGCAGACCUGAAUGCAUGGGAUACCAAGAUUGGCGAUGGGGACUGCGGCAGCACAGUGAGUGGGGAUGAGGGGGCCCCCAUCCCGUCGCCUCACCUCAGAUGUUCUUCAAGGGGAGGGAAGAUGCCGUUGUUGCCUCUAACCAUCCCAUCCCCGGCAAGAGCAAGAGGAGAUGCCGAGAUGAGUCGUGGGGCCAAGGCAGUUCUGGAAGCCCUCGCGUCAAGGUCCGCACUCUCUCCCUUUGCUCCUUCUCCCCCCCUCCUCGCUGCCUGCAACUUUCUGUCUCCCUGCCCACUGAUUGAACUCCCACCUCCUAACUCCCUGUCUCCAUACCCCCCCAUUCCCUACCCUGCCAUCUCCUACCCCCCUCCACUCAGCAACCCGCUCUACAACCCAACCCACUUCCUAUACCCUCUCAACGAUGCACCGGCGACAGUGAGGGAGAUGGGCGCCAGUGUGCGCUGCUCCAUGGGGGGCACCAGUGGCGUCAUAUACGACAUCUUCUGCCGCUCCGCAUAUGUGAAGCUGAGGGAGCUCGCAGGCGCAGCAGCACAGCCCACCCCUGCCCACUGGGCGGCUGCAUUUGAAGCGGCGGUGGCAGCGGUGAGUCUGUACGGCGGCGCUCAAGCCGGCUACCGCACCAUGCUGGAUGCGCUUCUGCCCGCCGCUGCCAGCCUCUCUUUCUCUCAACAUCACGCCAGGCCAGGAAAUCUGACACGUGUCUCAAUCCCUUCUCUUCUCGUCGCCCCUAACCCAUCCCCCCUCCUUUUUCCUUUUUCCUCUGCCCCAACCCCCUACCCCCCUUCCCCUGCCUCCCCUCCCCUCCCCAUCCUCCCUAUAUCACCAGGGGCGGCUGCAUUUGAAGCGGCGGUGGCAGCGGUGAGUCUGUACGGCGGCGCUCAAGCCGGCUACCGCACCAUGCUGGAUGCGCUUCUGCCCGCCGCGGCCACUCUCUCUCGCAGUGUCAAGGCAGGGGAGUCUGCAGCAGCAGCGCUGGCUGCUGCUGCUCAGGCUGCUGCUGCAGGAGCCGAGUCAACCAAGUCAAUGCCAGCUCUGGCUGGCAGGUCCAGUUAUGUACCAGCAGAGGUGUUGGCAUCGGUGCCUGAUCCUGGAGCCAUGGCUGUAGCGGCAUGGCUGCAAGGUGCCGCUACAGCCAUGCAACCUCCCGAGCCUGUAGUGGAGUCUGUAGCAGAGCCUGCAGCGGCAGCACCAUCAGCACCACAAGAACAGUUGUAG